GCCUUUCUUGAUUACUUGUAUACUACAAAAAAACAGAAGCAUUAUUGCCAUAGAAAGAGUUAUCAAGAAAAUUCGAAGAGUUCUUGAUCACAAUCGUUGUAUCAAAGAAGAGCUCAAAUUACUUUUGAUUUGAUGGAUUCAAGAAAGCUACUAUCUUGUUCAUCUUCUUACAUGUCAACGAGAAUGGAAGAAGAGAAGGAGACAGUUAGGUGUUGCAGUGAUUGCAAGACCACCAAGACACCAAUGUGGAGAGGUGGACCAACUGGUCCCAAGUCACUUUGCAAUGCAUGUGGGAUUAGAUUUAGGAAACAGAGACGAUCAGAAUUAUUGGGUAUUUGUAUUAUUCACAGCCACCAAGGCUUAGCUUCCAAGAAGAUAAAACCAAAAUCAUCAUCAUUAUCAUCACAUGGUGGCGUGGCUGUGAAGAAACGAAGGAGUCUAAAGGAGGAAGAACAAGCUGCUUUGUGUCUACUGUUAUUAUCUUGUAGCUCUGUUUUUGCUUGAGAGAAAAAAACAGAGUAUCUCUCGCUAGAAAGUUAAAAACACAAAGUUUGUCCUCUGUUUUGUUCACGUUUGAUAUCUAUUUUGGGUCACUCUUUUGAGGAUAUAUGAAUAUUUUAAAUUUUAACGAAA